AAUAGGAUUAGACUUCUCACUUCAGUUGAGUAGAAAUGUUGGAUUGGUUUGCUGGUUAACUGCUAAAAGGAAUCCAUACAUUGUUUGUGUAUUGAAAACUAAGAAAAGGGCAAUAAUUGAACAUGGAGCCCUUGGAUAGACUGGAGAACCUUGCCUCAAGUCUUGAGACCGUGGCAUCGAAUGGUUUUCAGGCUACUACGGCUGACAAUGGACAGAAGGACAGCUCACCUGCAGAGAUACUAAGGAUGAAAGAACAGAUGUCAAAUCAAUGUUUUGAGAUGGCAGUGAAGCUCCAAGCAGGAAAAAGCAAAAGAUCUUCUUGCAGUGCAUCUGAUGCUGAGAAAGACUUGCAUGAUUAUGCAAAUACUUUGGAGGAAGCAAAAAUCAUUCAUUUUAACAAGACAUUGGCCUUACACAGGAUGCAGGUGUGGCAUGCCAUCUCUGAGAAACUGAAACAGAGUGAUCCAGAGGCUGUAGCAAUGAGGGGACUGACCAGUUGUAGCCUAGACCUUUGUUCAAAGAUAAAGACACUUCAGCAGGAAUCAUGUGAACUGCAGGACCAAAUCACAGAUGUUAAAAAGCAGAGGCUAGAUCUAAAGCGUCUCACUCAUGAGAAGAUGAAGGAGAUGGAUGAACUGAAGAGGAAGAGGGAGCACCCAGAGGCAGAGAAGUACAGAAAUGUCCUGCAGAAAGGCCAGUCUCACCUGGAGAAGUACCAGAAGAUGGCCACCAUCACACAGAAUGUCCUGCGGGGGAUCAUCAUUGCCAGUAAAGUGAACUGGAGAGACGACCCCAAAUUGAGAGACAUCGCCAUGACGCUGGAGGACAUUCCCAUCUCUGAGGAAUGAGCUUUCCGCAUGGAAGGGAAACAUUUCUGUGACAUUGUUUAAAUGUAUAAUAUGUUCAGUUAUCAAGGUAGAGAGGGGGAGAGAGAGAGAUAACAUUAACUGAUGUUAAGAGCACUUCGAUGCAGUGUUUUACACACUUUACUGAGAUGGACACAAUUUUGUAAUAAACCAUUAGUUGUUUUUACAAUAAAAAGCAUAUUUGUAUUGA